AAAACUAAUAUUAAUUACGUAAACGUUAUCUGAAUCAAACAUCACAAUAAAACAAAAUAAUAACUGUUGCUAUCUAAUACGGACACCACAAGGGAAAUCAAUAAAAAAGAUUGCGCUGACACGUGAUUAAACAGAUCCCGGUGAAAACUUGUCACAGUAUAGGGACGGAAGAAAUCACUUCAAACAGAAAUGGAGCAAAAGGAAAUGCCACCACCAUACAGUGGUCCACCACAAGGUGCCCCACCACCUCAGGGAUAUGGACCACCUCCACAACAAGGAUAUGGUCCACCACCCCAGGGACAUUACCCACCGCCACAACAAGGAUAUGCCCCACCACCGCAACAAGGAUAUGCCCCACCACCACAACAAGGAUAUUAUCCACCACCACAACCACAACAAAUGCAGCAGCAGCAACAACAAACAACAGUUGUAAACAUUGGUGGCCAACAACAAUCGACAGUUUUAGUGCAACACAGAGAACGGUUUGCUGACAAAAUCUGUUUGAAUAUUGUGAUUUCACUGUUCUUCCCGUUCUGGAUAUUUGUAUGGAUUUGUAUGUGCAUUUGUGAAACCUAAAAAAGACGAUUUGUUGUGAACAUAGAAGAUAGUGCUUUGUUAAAGUGACAUAAUUUGUUCUCUUUAUAAUUUGUCAGGCGUGCUGAAUUAACAAUAAUUACUUGGAUUAUAACGAAAUAAAACUGCUGGACUUUUCUCGUAUAUGAUUCGAAAUGUGCCUUAUAAAGUGUAACACGGAUAUCUAGUUUCUCUUUAAGACGACAAAACAAAUUUUGUGUUUGCCUUGAUAAUACAAUUUAUUGACACCCUCUUAUUAUUACUGAAUUAUUUCUCUUUUCAAGGAGAAGUAUUUACUUUCAAGCAGCAUAACAUUUCUAAUUCAUCAAAUAACUUCUGAACUGUACACGAGUCUAGUUGAACAAUGCAAUUGAUUGCGUAUCAUACUUAAAUCAUCGUUUUUGUGUAUCAUUGUGCGUUAUACAAAUCAAAUAUCAUUAAAAGUUAUAAUUUUGAAUGAUAAAAAGAAAUAAAAAUACGUCCACAUUCUUA